AUGCGCCCUCGUUUUUAUUUUUUUCGUUCUCGAAUUAAUUAUCUGAUUGAAGACCCUGAGACCAUCUUUGAGGCCUUCGCCUCCUUCGGCAGCGGGCCGUCGAAGGAGAUGGACAAUUCGCACUUCUCCAAGAUGCUGAAGGAGUGCAAGAUCAUUGGCAAGACCUUCACGUCCACGGACGCCGACCUGCUCUUCAGCAAGGUGAAGGCGAAGGAAGCGCGCAGGAUCAGCUUCACGGAGUUCAAGGAAAAGGCCAUUCCCGAGGUGGCUGCCAAGAUGAAGAAGACUCCCGAAGAAAUUGAGACCAUGAUCACUAACGCCGCCCCCAAGUCCAACAGCACCAAGGCUGAUGCGGUCCGCUUUCACGACGACAAGAGCACCUACACCGGUGCCGCGAAGCAGGGCGGUCCGACGAAUGUGGAUCGAAACGCUGGCUCGCUCGCGGGUGUCGUCGAUCGUCGCCAACCGACCCUCUGCGGAUGCGUAAUUAUGCUGUAUGAACCUCGAAGCGGCAAAUCUUCGACUCUAGAUUCCCAGGCACAACGCAGGGACAUUGAGUCUUUUUAA